AUGUAUUUGAAUUUGAACGGUGUGUGUGUGGCCGCUAGAGGAUCGGCGGGUGGUUCGGCUCUUCUCUGGCAAAGGGACGUGCAAAUGAGUUUGCAAAACUUACCUCCUAAUCACAUUGAUGCGACUAUUUUUUAUGAAGAAUUGAACAACACUUGGCGUUUUACUGGGUUUUAUGGAAACCCGAAUGAACAGUUGAGAUACCAAUCUUGGUCGCUACUAAGGCAGCUAGCAACAUUAUCAAACGAAGAAUGGAUAUGUGCUGGCAAUUUUAAUGCAAUGCUAUCAAUUUCUGAAAAAGCGGGAGACGGAACAGAUACUACGAGAGAACGUUUGGACAAAGCAUGCGGUAAUUAUGAACGUGUGUACUCUGACCAUAUUCCUUUACUCAUUGAAUGGAGAAGCAAAGUUAUUUCCAACCAGAGAGCUCGGAGUCGGGGCUUUAAGUUUGAAGCAAUGUGGUUGAAAUCUGAGGGUUGCGAGCAGGUUGUUAAAGAAAAUUGGUUUCCUAAUAACUCCCAGCAUAACCUUGGUGAACAAUGGAGUAAUAUGGAGAAUUGUAAAGUGGGUUUACUGCAAUGGAAUCGUGACAAUUUUGGGGCUGUGCGCGACAAAAUUCGGACGCUUAAAGAAAAUAUUUUGAUUUUGAAGAAACAAGUGUUAACCGAAGAGGCCUCAUCUAGACGAAGGAGGAAUACCAUUUCAGGUUUAUGUGAUUCAGCAGGUGUAUGGUGUGAGAAAGAGUUUGAGCUGGAAAAUAUUGUCUCCGAGUACUUCCGGAAUAUAUUCACAUCUGAACAUCCAUCCAUGGCUGCAAUGGAGGAGAUGUUGGGAGCUAUUGAACCGCUUGUCGGCGAUUCAAUGAAUAAAACACUCCUCGAGGAGUAUACGCAAGAAGAGGUGAAAAGGGCCCUAGAUGAGAUGCAUCCAUUGAAAUCACCGGGGCCUGAUGGUUUUCCAGCGGUUUUUUUCCAGCGUUUCUGGAAUUUGGUGGGCGGCGAUGUGACCAAAUGGGUUCUAACUUUACUAAACCACCAGGAGAUGCCUUCAAAGGGAAAUUACACCCAUAUAAUGUUGAUUCCCAAAUGUCAGGACCCUAGGAAUAUGACACAAUUUCGGCCGAUUAGUUUGAGCAACGUGGUUUAUAAAAUUGCUUCCAAAGUUAUAGCGAAUCGUCUUAAACCACAUAUGAAUUCUAUCAUAUCUGAAUCUCAAUCGGCUUUUGUUCCUUCUCGAUUAAUUUCGGAUAAUAUUCUGAUCGCAUAUGAAGUUUCUCAUUAUAUUAAGAGGAGUACGGCGGAGCAUAUGGCUUCGGGUCAAAAAGUGAAUUAUCAGAAAUCUAGCAUCGUUUUUAGCAAAACGACUACCUCGGCGAAUAAGGAGAUGAUCAGAACUGCACUUUCAAUGGAAGUAGUUGACAAACACGAUAAAUACUUGGGACUCCCCUCAGUGAUAGGAAAAUCAAAACGAGAAGUAUUCGGUCAUAUCAGAGACAGAGACAGGGUUUGCAAACGUCUUCAAGGAUGGAAGGAGAAAUGGCUAUCGAAGGGAGGAAAAGAAAUCCUUAUCAAGGCUGUGAUUCAAGCCAUCCCUACGUACGCAAUGAGUCGCUUCAAACUUCCAAGGUAUUUUACGGAUGAAGUUCAGGGGUCUAUGGCUAAGUUUUGGUGGAAUGAUAAUCGAGGGAAGGGGAUUCAUUGGAUUAAAUGGCACGAUAUGUGCUUGAGCAAAGAUUGUGGAGGUCUCGGUUUUCGCAACUUAGACGCUUUCAACACACCUCUUCUUGCUAAACAAGUUUGGCGUCUUUUGGUUUCGCCGGAUAGCUUAUUAGCAAGGAUAUACAAGGCGCGGUACUACCCACAAUCUGAUAUUUUUGGUGCAUCGUUAGGAUCAAAUCCAUCAUACACGUGGAGAAGUAUAUGGGGUGCUAUAUCUCUGUUAGAUAAGGGUACUCGAUGGAGAAUUGGAAGUGGAGCAAAGGUGUCAAUAUGGGGCGAUAAAUGGCUUCCGAGAGUAACUACUUUUAAACCUUUUACUCCUACGGGUAGUUGGCCAACGGAGAUGACGGUCCAAAGUCUCAUUGACAAUGAGUCUGGUCGUUGGAAUAUACAUGCUUAUCCUCAAUUUUCUACGAAGAUGAUACAAGGUGCAUAA